UAGAAAAUUCUCCCUCCAAAAAUUGUCGUCGGGGUUUCUCUGUCAUCUUGUGUGGUGUUGUUCUUCGCUUCCUCACCACGAAAACCCUAGAAAAAUAUCACCAGAAUCUGAAUCUGCUUCCUCAAAUCCGCCAUGGCAGCAGCUUCAACCUUGCUGGAGUUCAAUCCGCUCAAAUGGAAUCAGCCCUACUCACAUAUGAAACCGCGUCGCAAUCCCAGUUUUCUUCUCUGCUUCAAACAACAAAGCAGAUCCAAUUCGGCUCAUCGUCGCCUCCAAUUCACCGUCAAAUGCCAGCAAUCGACGUUUUCCGGGUUGGAAGUAGGUUCCGAUUCAACUGGUGUUCCGAAAUGGAAGAAUUCGUUUGAUGAAAUCGCGGAUCGAAUCAUGAAAGCAUUAGGGUCUCUUAAGAAACCCGCCAUAGCCGCGGUUUUGCUGGGUUUGCUUCUGUUCUACGAUCCGAAUUCAGCGUUUGCGGCUUCCGGUGGUCGGAUGGGAGGAAACGCGUUCUCUUCGCGGUCGCGGAGCUCGUCCUACGCAUCUAGAAGUUAUUCGGUGCCGCGAACGUCCGGUCCGAGUUUCUCUUACUCGGCUCCGUACUACGGUCCGUCGCCGUUCGGCGGAGGAUUCUAUGUGGGUCCUGCGGUCGGUGGGUUCUCAAGCUUGUCUCUCAUUCUGGUGGGGUUUGCUGCGUUUGUUUUGGUCUCUGGUUUCCUGUCAGACCGGUCAGAGGAUGGUGUUCUUACUGCUACGGAGAAAACUAGUGUCAUCAAGCUACAGGCGGGAUUGCUGGGCCUCGGGAGAACCCUGCAACAGGAUCUUAAUAGGCUUGCCGAAGUUGCAGAUACGUCCACAUCAGAGGGACUGAGCUACGUUUUGACCGAGACAACAUUGGCUUUGCUCCGGCAUCCCGAUUAUUGCAUCUCUGCUUAUUCAUCAGUGGAUGUGAAACGGAGUGCAGAAGAGGGAGAAAAGCGCUUUAAUCAACUAUCUAUUGAAGAAAGGGGAAAGUUCGACGAGGAGACACUUGUUAACGUGAACAGCAUAAAAAGGCAAAGCUCAACAAUGCAGAGAGCUAGUGGCUUCAGCAAUGAAUACAUUGUGGUGACCAUCUUGGUGGCUGCGGAGGGCGUACAUAAAUUACCGUCAAUCAACGGAAGCGUAGACCUCAAGGAAGCCCUACAGAAACUCGGUUCGAUACCACGAAACAAAAUAAUGGCGGUGGAGGUGCUGUGGACGCCGCAGAACGAGAACGAUGCAUUGUCGGAAAGGGAAUUGCUGGAAGAUUAUCCGCUGUUGAGGCCUCUGUGAUGAGAGAGUGCAUGCAAUGGUAAUGGUAAUGGUAAUGGAAAUCAAAGCAUUUCCACGUUCCAUGUCAUAUUGUUCAUAGAGGUAGAAAACGAUCGAACUCAUCUACUCGCUCUUCUUUUGUAUAUAUGGUGAACCAUGUUUUAUAUACAUCACAAUUACAAAAAAAAAGGAAUAAAAACCUGAUAAAAUUUGUAAUGGUUAGCGUAUAGGGGGAUAUUUCAGGUUUGGGAUCCAUUAUUUCUCAUUUUAUGAUUUUAGAACAAUUAUGUCU